AGCCCUGCAGCUUUUGUUUCCGGGAUUGUCUCCGCCGUCGUUUCCAGUCUUCUUCCGCGCCCCCAACGCUUGCGCUCACCUUUCUCUUUUUCUCGUCAUCUUCGCUUCGAACCGUAUCCCUAACCCUCAUACCCUCUUUCCACGGGUGUUUGGAAAUCCAGCGUCGAGUGAUCAUUGCUGCUCCCCUUUCUUAUCGGAUCAUCUCUCCUUUUCUUUCUCUCUCUUUUAUCGGUUCUGGAGUUCUAAUCCGAUCGCGCGGAUGCUCUGCUUGACGUUUGGAGGGGUGCUUUUUAUGGAGAAAGUAGCGGAAAUUUAGCUCACAAGAAAGGGUUUCGAAGAUAAAGAUCAGAUUUUUAUUGGAUGGGGAAUGAUGGGAAUGAAGUUGUGCAAGCGCAGAAAAAUUCUUUUAGUGCAAAGGUCCAUGUUUCAAUGUCUUUGGAGCUUACAAAGAUGGUGGAUAGUGUUGUUACAAUUCUUCCUGCAAUAGAAUCAGCUCGGCCAGGAUGCUCAUCCGGUAUGCAGGAGUUAUGUUGUUUACACAAUUUGAUUGAGAAAGCCAAGCUACUUCUUCAACACUGUGCAGAAUCUAGCAAGCUCUACUUGGCAAUAACAGGGGAAGCAACUUUGUUAAGAUGUGAAAGGAUCAGAAAUGACUUGAAUCAAAGCUUUUGUCGGAUUCAAAAUAUGGUUCCAACAUUGUUAACUUCUCAGAUUUCUGAAGUUCUUGAUUAUCUUAGACAUGCAAAUUUUGUCAUCGAUUCUGCGGAAGAAGAGGCUGGCCGAGCUUUGCUAGAACUGCUUAAGAAGACUAAAGCAAGUGAGGAUUUAGAACUUGAGGCCUUUCAAAUUGCAAGUUCAAGGUUGAACAUCACAUCUCCAAAAGCUAUUUUGAUAGAAAAAAGAGCCAUUAGAAAGCUACGAGAUAAGAUCCGUGAUACUGAGUCCAAAAAGGAGAGGUGGUUGGACUAUCUUCUGUAUCUCCUAGAAAAGCAUGGAAAGAACAUGAGGCCUGAUAAUAUUGAGCACAAAGAGAAUGCCAAUGAACAGAGCAAGCCCCUGACUCCAGGCACAAGUUCUGCAUGUGGUUCUGGUAACUCUGAAAGAAAUGAUGAGUUUGGUGAUCAUGGUGAGGCUCAAACUGAUCUGUCAAGAACUGCUUCACCUCCUGAGGAAUUUUGUUGCCCUAUUUCAUCAAGAUUGAUGUUUGAUCCUGUGGUUAUAGCCUCUGGGCAAACAUAUGAAAGGAUAUGGAUAGAAAAAUGGUUUGAUGAAGGACAUGAUACAUGUCCUAAGACGCAGAAGAAGUUAUCAAACCUCUCUAUUAUCCCAAAUUCUUGUAUGAGGGAUCUCAUAUCCAAUUGGUGCAGUAAGCAUGGAAUUAGCAUAGUGGACCCAUGCUCACAGCCUACCCCUGCAACCUUUCGCUCCUGGGAGCCUUCACAUUGCAAUUCCAUGUCAAGUUUGGAGAAUAUCUCUGCACCCCUAUUAGAUGGCAAAACUGGAGAGUACAUUGUCAAAAGAGUCCACAGCAAUGUAUCAUUUAUCUCUUAUGAUGCUAGCUGCUCUUCAGAUUCAUCCCCUGAUAGGGGCAUUGAGAACCCAAAGGGUAACUAUGCUCAGUUGUUCCCUUGGAGUGAUGAUUAUCAAAAAUAUCAGUCAUUUUCCAACUUUAACCACGACAUGUUUCUGAGAUUCUUUUAUGGGCUCUCUAAACUUUCAUUGGACCUCCAAGGCAGAGCAGUGGAAGAUGCGAAAAUCCUUUUGGCAGGGGAUGAACAGACCUGCUAUGCGAUGCUGUCCAAUGGAUUUGCGGAAUCAUUGCUGCAGUUUUUGAAGAAUGCACAUGAUCUGUCUGAUGUGCAGGCACAGAAAACUGGAGCUCAAUUUUUUCUUGCUUUUCUGAGUAAUAGCAGGGUCGAAAUUCCAUCCCUGGGUGAAAAGGUGUUUCAGUUGUUGACAUCCUUUCUUGAUUCGGAAAUAACAACAGAAGCUUUGAUGAUACUCCAGAAGUUGUCCCAUUUUCCGAAUUGUAGAUCUGGCAUUGUGACAUCUGGUAUCACUUCUUCAGUUAUAAAAUUCCUAAAUUCUGAAGACACCGAAUUUCUAGAGCUUUCCAUGAAAAUCCUUUGUGAUUUAUCCCUUCAAAAUGAGAUAAAAUGUCUUAUUUUGUCCUCUGGAUGCAUAUCACAACUGUUAUCGCUUUUGAGUGAUGGAAGACUAGCAGAAUUUUGCUUUAAAAUUAUGCAAAACUUAAGUGGUGAUGAAGACGCUGCAGCAUCGAUUGCCAAUACCGAUGGAUGCCUUGCUGCUAUUGUAGAACUGCUCAAUACUGGCACUCGUGAAGAACAACAAUAUGCUGCGACCAUCCUACAUUCCUUAUGUAGCCACGGUUCUGCGAAUUGUCUACUUGUCCUGAAAGAGGGCGUGAUUCCAGCUCUAGUUGAUAUAUCGGUCAAUGGGAAUGCCAAUGGGAAGGCGAGCUCUUUGAAGCUGCUUCUCCUUUUAAGAGAAAUCACGCGUAAGGAGCAUCUUGACAGUUCAUACGCUCAAUCUGGAACUAUGUCUGAAGCACCAGAGGAUUCCAUUGAAUGCUCUGCUAGCAAAAAGCAGAGGUCAAAAUCCUCUGUAUUUUUUGGGAAGAAAAUUAAAUUAUUAUCAAAGCUUAGAUCCUUGGCGGCUUUAUUUUAAGCAGUUGGCAAGGUUUCCAGGUAUGACCGACUUGGACAAUAUUUCUUACUCUGACCAGUUAGUAUGUUUUUAUUAGGCAAAACCUGAAAUCCUGUUAGGCUAAGGCAGGUUUUUGUUGGAAUACUUUGUGGGAUGCUCAUCCUCAUGUAUUUCCUUUAGUUUGCCACUUAUAUGUAACUUUCUUUUUGGUACAAUAUAUGUAACUUUCUUUACCAUACCCCGGGGGGAUGUGAAUGUAUGGUCAUGGCGGUAUUGUUUUUGUUUACAAAGGCUCCAUUUUUUUUUCAAGUCCCUUUUUGACAUUUCUUGAAUGCAAUUGAGUGGUAGGAUAUGGGAAUGGAUUCUUAUGAGCAAUGUCUUGCUCAGCAAGAACUCAUGUAAGAUGUAUUCAGCAUAAGCUUCAUAAGAAAGCAAGGUUAUUUUA